GUGGGAAGGCGAUAUAGCGCUAUCUGUACAAUAUAUAUAUAUAUUUUAUAUUAAGAUUUAUUUUUUGGAUUAUUUUAAACCAUUGGUUUUGAUUACGUAUAGCAACAGAGAGAAUGAACAUUAUUAUGUGUUACGUGCCGUGGUGUGUGUGUGUUUCUCUCUCUCCCUCUAUAUUGUCUCCAGGUGCAGCUUCUCCUCAGGUGCUCCCAAUCACUAAUCAGGGCCUCCAUAAAGGACCUGGGAAAAGCUGCAGUCUCUCUCCCUUCUCCCCGGGCUGGAUGUGUGCAGCGUGGUGUCCAUGUCUCCAAUAUAUAUAUAUUUGUAGCAAGAGUUGUUUUGCAAGUUGGCUGGUGAGCCGUGUUCCUGAUUGAUCAUUAAACGACUGGAUCGUUACUCAGAGAUCGGUUUUCUCUCCCUUUUUGUCGCGCUUGGUCAUCCUGGUGUGUUGUUACUUCCCUUUGUACCCCCUAGAUCUAGAAGGGAACGUAACAUGGGGGCUCGUCCAAUCUUUCAGAAAAAUAGUGAGUAGUUGUUUGUGGUUUAGUGUUGGUAUUGUGUUUGGUAGCAUUGACUUCCUCAGUUUAGACAGGGGAGUGUCUAGCUGGGCUGAAUCAAUCCUUCCUUCAGGCACUCAUUUUUUAUUUUGCCUUUUUUAUUUUCGGGGUAAUCCUGGGUGGGGAUUUAUUCCCUGUUGGGGGCAGGCGAUUCAGGGUUUCGGCCACUGAUGUUUGCCUUUAAAGUCGCCUCGAGCCCGGCACGCCCCAGAAGAUAGUUAGGUAAGUUUGGUAGGCAGGAUCUGGGGAAGUUUGUAAAAAAAAAAAAAUUGUAAUAAUAAUAUAUAUAUUUAUAAGUAGCCGUUGCUAAGGAUGGCUUUUGUUUUGGAGCAGUUUGUGGCCAGUCCUACUGUGGGUCAGCUAGACUGCUGUAGGAAGGUUGAUUUGCGGUUAGUGGCUGACCAUUAUCACGUUUCUGUCUCCUCGGCUCUUGUUAAAAGUGAACUAAAGGCUACUUUGCUAACUGGACUAGUGGAACAGGGGGUUUUGAGUCGGCCUACUUCAGUGGAAUCUCCUGGCGCGGUGGCCGGGGCUGUAGCAGCAGUAUCUCAUGGUGGAGGCCGCAUUGGUGUUACUCCUGGUGUUCAGAGUGCUACGGAACGGGCAAAACUUUUCACCACACCUCAGUUUGGCUCGUUCUCGGCAGGAUCCUCACCUACGGGGUCUAAAUUAGAUGCUAGGGUAAAAGUGCGUAUGGCUCGUCUCCAGUGUGCGAGGGAGGAGCGAGAUAGGGAUUUUCAGCUCAGGAGGGAGCUGGAGAUCAGGAAGCAGGAGCUGGAGCUGGAGAUCAGGAAGCAGGAGCUGGAGAUCAGGAAGCAGGAGCUGGAGAUCAGGAAGCAGGAGCUGGAGAUCAGGAAGCAGCAGCUGGAGGCAGACACAGCUGUCCGGAUGCGUCAGCUAGAGCUCCAAGCAGCUGGGAUGGGUGAUUCUGCAGUUACACCUUCUGUUCCUGCUGCCUCCUUUGACGUGAGCAGGCAUAUUUCUUUGGUCCCUGUGUUUCGUGAAUCAGAGGUCGAUGUCUAUUUUGGUGCAUUUGAGCGCAUUGCUGCUGCUCUGCACUGGCCAGAAGAUGUGUGGGCUAUUCUUUUACAGUGCAAGCUAGUCGGCAAGGCUCAAGCGGCUUGCUCUUCUCUUUCAGUCGAGGAUAGUUUGGUGUAUGACAAUGUGAAAGGUGCUAUUCUCAGGGCAUAUGAGCUAGUGCCUGAGGCCUACAGGCAGCGUUUUCGCGGCCUGAAGAAAACUUCUGGCCAAACGUACGUGGACUUCGCGAGGGAGAAGAAAGCCCUCUUUGACAGGUGGUGUAGAGCAUGUAAAGCUGAUGACAUUGCUUCAGUGUGCGAGCUAAUGAUGUUAGAGGAGUUUAAACACUGUGCACCGGAGCGUACGGUAGUCUAUCUGAAUGAGCAGAAAGUGACUACCCUUCAGCAGGCUGCCAUUAUGGCAGACGAGUUUGCGCUGAUACACAAGAGCGUUUUUUUUCAGCAUGAUCCUCCUCAGCGGGAAACUUAUCAUAGAGCUCCUGACAAUUACGUUCCCUGUGCCAGUGUUCCAUUGUUAGGUCCCAGGAUGAACAGAGCUUGUCAUUUUUGUCUUUACCCAGGUCAUAUGAUAGCAGACUGUGCAGCUUGGAAGAGAAAGCAGACAGUGGAUGGCAAGCGCCCAGAAGGGGAAAGGUGGAGGACCAGCGGCAGGUCACGUUGUUGCGAGACAGUGGUGGCUCACAGUCAUUCAUCCUUGCCGGUGCCCUGCCCCUGAGUGCUGAGUCUGCCUGUGAUGCGGAUAUGGUGGUGAGAGGUAUUGGGAUGGGUUCUGUGCCCGCACAUCUUCACAAUGUCCAUGUCCAGUCUGAACUGGCUACUAGUUUCUUUCCAGUUGCUGUGCUCCCCAAAUUUCCUGUCGACGGUGUGGAUGUCAUAAUGGGUAAUGAUAUAGCCGGGGGUAAAGUGUAUCCUCAGGGCAGUGAUCCUCACUGUAGGGCUCGUAACAGACGUGUCACACGUGCUCAGUCUGUUUCUCUCCCAGGUCCCGACAUUAAGAGAUUGUGUUUCUUUUGUCUUGACCCUGGUCAUUUGGCGGUGGAGUAUGAUGCUUGGAAGCAGCAGGUGGCAGCUUCCAAGCAUCCAAUGGUAUGCUGGUGAACUGGGUGGUGGGUGUUGUUGGUAACGGUGACCAAACACUUGUUUGGUUUUAUGGGGGGAAGUGUUACGUGCCGUGGUGUGUGUUUCUCUCUCUCCCUCUAUAUUGUCUCCAGGUGCAGCUUCUCCUCAGGUGCUCCCAAUCACUAAUCAGGGCCUCCAUAAAGGACCUGGGAAAAGCUGCAGUCUCUCUCCCUUCUCCCCGGGCUGGAUGUAUGCAGCGUGGUGUCCAUGUCUCCAAUAUAUAUAUAUUUGUAGCAAGAGUUGUUUUGCAAGUUGGCUGGUGAGCCGUGUUCCUGAUUGA